GACGGCUGUGAGGUGGGGGCGGCCGCGGAAGGCAGCGGUGCCGGCCGCCGGGGCAGGGUCCGAGAGCUCUGCGCGGCGGGCGUAGGUCUAUGUCGCGGGCGGCGGUGGCGGCGGCGGCCGCGGAGGGACGAUGCGCGAGUACAAAGUGGUGGUGCUGGGCUCGGGCGGGGUCGGCAAAUCCGCCCUGACCGUGCAGUUCGUGACCGGCACCUUCAUCGAGAAAUACGACCCCACCAUCGAGGACUUCUACCGCAAGGAAAUCGAGGUGGACUCGUCGCCGUCGGUGCUGGAGAUCCUGGACACUGCGGGUACCGAGCAGUUCGCGUCCAUGCGGGACCUGUACAUCAAGAACGGCCAGGGCUUCAUCCUCGUCUACAGCCUCGUCAACCAGCAGAGCUUCCAGGACAUCAAGCCCAUGCGGGACCAGAUCAUCCGAGUGAAGCGGUAUGAGAAAGUGCCAGUCAUCUUGGUUGGGAACAAAGUGGACCUGGAAAGUGAGAGAGAAGUGUCAUCCAAUGAAGGCCGAGCCCUUGCUGAAGAGUGGGGCUGCCCCUUUAUGGAGACUUCUGCUAAAAGUAAAACAAUGGUGGACGAACUCUUUGCAGAAAUUGUGAGGCAAAUGAACUAUGCCGCGCAGCCUGACAAAGAUGACCCCUGCUGUUCCGCAUGUAACAUACAAUAGCAUUCAGAAAUGGCUCUCCUGGACAGGAUUUGCCCCAUAUCAUAGGCGAUACAAACGUCGUCUGCUCGACUGCGGAGCUUGCAGGAUGUGUGGUGUGAUCUACAGUGAAAUAGCUGCCCUUAUUCAGAAUUCAGCCGUGAUUGUCAGUUGACAUCUCUGAGUGACAUUUGGGUUCAGUAACUACAGUUUGCACCAUUGUCCUCAGUCUCCUGUGUGCACCUGCGACUUCCAGGCAUAGCCAAUCGAUCUACAGGGUGAUCUCCUUUGAAAGCUGUGAUGGCGCGGUCCCUGCGUUGACAGAAGCAACUAUCGUAUAAAUUAAAAAUAAUCACGAGAGACAACCCAGAAGAAUUCCUGUGACCACAUACAAUUAAAACAUUUUGUCUUCUUAAAAAAAAAAAAAAUAAGUAAAGGAGAAAUAUUUUCCUAUGAGAGUACUGAAUUUUCAGGCAUUGAGAUAGUGCUUCUAACCAAUGUAUUCUAUCAAGUAACAUAAUAACAGCUGACCUGCCAGCAGCAUUACAGGGAGAGAUUCUUUGCUCAGCCGACACAUUUCUGUUUUUUUCAAAAUUGAUGCUUAAUUGUAGAUGUUAUCCUAAUUUGUGACACGGAACUAAUUCAUGCAUCAAUCCUUAGUAGAGCAUAAGUCAGAACAGGUUGUGUAAAACUACAACCUGGUUUUAAAUGUGUUAAAUCACCUGCUUUGCCACAGAAAAUGGAGGCUCUCACAAGGGUUUGAUCCGAAUUACAACCCCAAACCCACCCUCUGUUAACCAAGCAGGUAUGGUCUUGAUUACUUUACUGAACAAGAAGGAAGCAACUGUGAUGCAAAGAGAUUGCCUCGCCUUACUAACAAGAAGCGUUCUGGUAGACUGACUAGUACCAUCAUGUAAGGAAAAUGAAGCCAUGCUGCAGCCACAUGUUCCCGUUUGUAGAACCUCACAGGACAGUACAGAUACCUUGCAUUUUUAUGUUUGUUCAAGCAGCAAAUUCCUUCUUGCCUUUAAGGGCUAUGGUUGUGGUGUGAUUCUUGGCUAACCUGCUUUCAAAAUCAAGUUUGCUGUAGCAGAGCUUUAUUGCAGGCAUUUUAAAAAAUUGAAUAACCAUGUGAAAUAAUUUGGGCUUAAAAGUAGAACGUAAAUUAUAGAGUGGAAGGUAAGGGACAGAAAAACCUUUUAUCUUUAAUUUUCCUGGAGAAUUAUAUGAAGAUUUUCUUAUAACAAUUUUGCUCUGAUUACUGAAGUGGCAAAUAAAGCUAGAGAAUAUUUUGUUUUGAAAA